AUGGCUACCAAAAUUCCCACCACCACCCUCCGGCGGGCCUCUCUCCCCUCUCACCCCUCCCAUAUCCACACCUGCCGCACCCAACAAACCCGGCACGCCUCUCUGCUCAAACGCCCGCACCGUCCCUACACCUUCACCCAACUCGUCACCCUCUCAGACGGCAGCACCUAUAUGCAGCGCACCACGUCCCCGGCGCCCAUCUACCGCAGCACGAAAGACACGCGCAAUCAUCCGCUCUGGCAGCCGUCGCUUGACUCCCUGCGGAACGUGGAGCAGGAUGAUGCCGGUAGGCUGAAGGCUUUCAGGAAGAAGUUUGGGCGGGGAUGGGACGCCGAGGCGAAUUUUGAGGAGGGGGAGGGGGAGAGCGAGCGAGAAGGGGGAUUCAUGGGUGGGGAUGGAGGUGAUGGAGAGGGGAGUCUGAUGGAUUUGAUUAGUGGGGGAAGUGCCCAGGUGCUGGGAAAUGGUAGGGGCGGAGGGGUUGUUGCGGAGAGUGAGGUGAUGCAGGAAAUGGUUACUGUGAGGAAGGAUGGCGUAUUGGUGAAAGUACCGGCUAAGAAGAGGGCGGGUGCGAAGUAG